AUGGCUCUGUCAUGCAUUCCAUAUACAAAGAGAAGUGAGCCAAUCCGAACACGACGUCGAUCAAAUUCUCCACCAACUCCAGUAACACCGACAAAUGCCGUGAUAAAUGAGGAAAAAGAAAUCGACUAUUCAUCUAUUGUUCAACAGCAAAUUGAUGGCACUCGACUUCAAAAGAACAUUCGAUCGAUGGUUAAAGAAAUGGGUGAUAUUCAAAGAAAAUAUUUCAACAAUUUGAAAGCAUGGAGUAGAAAAUGGAGUUGCACAUUCGAACAAGAUACUUCUUCGCUAGCUUCUUAUGAAACCACACAACGUAUGCUCUCAUCCGUGAGCUCAAUUGGUCAUGAAUUGGCCAAAAAAAUUGAUCAUUCACAUCGUGAACUUCGACAAGUUUUAAAUUUAAUUCCACGAGAAGAACCAUAUCUAUCCCGACAAUCUCAGCUUGAACAAGCACGUGUACCAAUCAAUCGAGCUGAAAGUGAUUCGAAAGCGUACAAUAAAAAAUUGACUAAGCUCAACAAUCAACUACGUCGAAUUAAAAAUCAACUACAAGAUGCAUCAUCAAAUCACACAGAAAAAUCUGAGUUGAAAAUUCAACAACGAUAUGUAGAGGAUAGUAUUGAACACGCACAAAAGGACGUUGAGCAUGCCAAAAAGCUAUAUAAACAAGCUGAGAAAAACUAUCGCAAAGAUACUGAUGCCAUAUUUGAACAAAGCCAAGAAGAUGAGCUCGAUCGGCUGGAAUCAUUACGUGAUCCGUUAGUAGUGUUUCUUGAAGCGUUCGAAAUAAAACAUGGUUCUUGGCAACAAGCAAUAGAAAAUCAUGAUCCCAAACGAGAUCUCAAUGCAUGGAAACAGAAAUACUUUUCUCAAAAAAUCAUAUUAACAAACAUACAAUAA